UUGUUGUCAAAAGUUGGAUAAAGUUACGGUGUUUGUAGUCUCGUUUUCUCUGGGAUGAUGGUGAAUAAAUAAUGAAAUGAUUAAAACAUCCGGUGAAACAUGAAGACUACUGUUCAAGAUAAAUGAAUUAUGCAUGUGCAUUAUGAUUUACAAGUGGUCGGAAUAGGGGACGUGUUUGUUCCACAGGACUGAUUAAUAAAGUAAAAUUACACUAAAUUUGAUAAUAAUAAGACGGCCUCCAGUUUCCUGUCGGACGUAUACAGAAGCUCCUGCAUAAAAGCAACUACGCGAACCGUGUCGAUGCCGGCGCCCCCUUUUAAGAUGAAUUUUACAUAUUCAAAAGUUAUGGUUAGAAUGCUGUCUUUUGCUCAGACUAUUCCUCGUGUUGGAAUUGUAGGAGCUGGUACAGCAGGCUUUUAUGCAGCCAUGCAUUUAUCUAAAAAUGUCACCAACAUUCAAAUAGAUAUAUUUGAAAAGCUUCCUGUGCCUUUUGGAUUGGUAAGGUACGGGGUAGCUCCAGAUCACCCAGAAGUAAAAAAUGUUAUCAACCAGUUCACGAAAGUAGCCCAACAUCCCAAUGUUAACUUCUACGGAAAUGUAACUUUAGGCAAAGAUGUAACUUUAUGUCAACUACGACAAAACUAUGAUGCUGUAUUACUGUGUUAUGGAGCAGAUGAAGAUAAAACACUUGGUAUUGAAAAUGAAGAUGCAACAAAUAUAGUAGCUGCUAGGAAUUUUGUUGGAUGGUAUAAUGGUUCUCCCAGCGACAAAAAUUUAAAGAUUGAUUUAUCAGGUAGUACAGCAGCAAUUUUAGGUCAGGGAAAUGUAGCUUUAGAUGUUGCAAGGAUACUUUUAACCCCUGUUGACGAAUUAAGAAAAACAGAUAUAACAGAAUAUGCACUUGCAACUUUAGCUGAGUCGAAAUUGACUGAAAUUUAUUUAAUCGGGAGAAGAGGACCGUUACAGGUAGCAUUCACGAUAAAGGAACUAAGAGAACAACUAAAACUAAAAAAUUGUAAAACAAUUUGGAGAGAACAAGAUUUCAAAGGAGUUUCGGAAAUGGUUGGAUACUUGGAGAGACCAAGAAAGAGACUCACAGAAUUAAUGUUAAAAUCUUUACAAGACAACCCAGUAGAUUUUUCUCAGUGUCAGAGAUUAAAAUAUUUCAAGCCAAUAUUUUUCAGAAGUCCCACAAAAUUUAUAACUGGUAUAGAUAAAAAGUUAUCUGCUAUUAAAUUGGAUUGUACCAAGCUUAUAGGAGAUAAAUUGGAAGAACAGAGACCAGUUCCCAUUGGUGAAUCGGAAGUUAUAGAUUGUAGUUUAGCGUUUAGGAGUAUAGGAUAUAAGAGUGUGCCAGUAGAUAAAAACCUCGUGUUUACAAAGUAUGGUACAGUAGCAAAUAACAAGGGCUGCAUUAUUGAUAAUAAUGUUUCAUCCGACCUAGGUAGAUUAUAUGUCGCCGGUUGGCUUGGAACAGGACCAGUUGGUGUUAUCUUACAUACAAUGGGAAAUGCGUUCCAAGUAGCUAAAGUUAUCAGUGAAGAUUUAAAACUUAGCACUUUAUCAAAGUCGAAAGGUGGUUUUGAAGAAGUACGUAAAAUAAUUGCUAAAAAGAAUAAUUUCAUAGUUGGCUGGGCUGGUUGGGAAAAAAUUGACAAAUAUGAAAUUGAACAAGGCAAAUUAAAAGGAAAACCAAGAGAAAAGAUUUGCAGUAUCGACAAAAUGUUAGAAGUUGCUUUAAUGUAAAUAUACCUAUAUAUAAUAACAUACAUAUUAUACUUAUUUUGUAACCUA